UUCUCCACUCUUCCGUCUCCCUCCCUCGGGGUGUGCCUAAACGAAGUAGAUCCUCCACGUCCACCACAUUGUCUGCAUUUGCCACCUUCUCUAGCUGAUAGGUCAAAAUUUCUCCGCCACAUCAUUUUUCUUCCUCCUUCAAAACAAAUAAAAUAACAAAACAAAAAGAAAAAACGGUUAUUCGUUCUCCUUCAACCCUUCUUUUCGUUUCUCUCUCUGCCAACUCUGCAUGUGCGCACCUCUGAAUCUGAUCCUGUGUUUUUCUUGGGUAACCAGCUGAUCACAUACUGUAUUGUAUCAGUGACAAUGGGUGCUCCGAAGCAGAAGUGGACUGCGGAAGAAGAAGCUGCCCUUAAAGCCGGGGUUCUUAAACAUGGGGCCGGGAAGUGGCGGACUAUUCUUAAAGACCCCGAAUAUAAUGGGGUGUUGUACUUACGAUCUAAUGUGGAUCUGAAGGACAAGUGGAGAAACAUGAGUGUGAUGACGUGUGGAUAUGGGUCUAGGGAGAAGUCCAGGGUGGCUCUUAAAAGAGUUCCAGUGCAAUCAGCACCUGUUAAACAAGAAGAGAACAAUACUAGUGUUAGUGAUGUGCCUCAAAGUGAUGAAGAGAUGCCGGAUGUCAAACCUCUUGUUGCUUCAAGUGCACCUGUCGAGAUUUCCACAACCCCCAAAAGAUCCAUUGUAAGGUUGGACAAUCUUAUACUGGAAGCUAUAGCCAACUUGAAGGAACCUGGCGGUUCUAAUAAAAGUGCUAUUGGUUCAUACAUAGAGGAGCAAUAUUGGGCACCUCCAGAUUUCAAAAGAGUUCUGUCUGCGAAAUUAAAGUUUUUGACAUCAAGUGGAAAGCUCAUCAAGGUUAAACGGAAUUACAGAAUUUCUCCAUCUUUUGCAUUUCCCGAGAAGAGAAAUCUUCCUAUGAUGACCCAUGAAGGCAGACAGUUGAGUUUGCCAAAAUUAGACAGGGAAGAUUUAUCCGUUCUAAAAUCACAGAUUGACUUAGAGCUUGCUAAGAUGAGAAGUAUGACCCCACAAGAAGCUGCUGCUGCUGCUGCUCGUGCAGUUGCUGAGGCAGAAUCUGCUAUAGCAGACGCAGAAGAUGCUGCUAGGGAGGCUGAUGAAGCUGAAGCAGAUGCAGAAGCAGCACAAGCAUUUGCGGAUGCAGCAACGAAAAUGCUUAGAGGGAGGAGCACUCCUAAAACGACGCGAGCUUGCUAGAAGGCUUUUUUGAAGGCGUUAUUAGGCUGGGAUUCACGCUCGACAAUCAGCCCCUGAAUGAAUGGACAUCUGAGCUUGCAGUGUCUUGUAAAUAUGCCUGUGAAAAUGCAAUUUUGGUCUUACAUAGAAACUUGGUUGAUAUAUGUUUGUAAAAGUACAUUUAAUAAUAUUUUUUCUGCUUAUUUUUUCAUUUGGCUGUUGUAGGCUGUAGCCCAGAAGAAGCAGAAGUAAAAGGUUCAUCUGCAGGUCUUGUGGAUAGUUGUCCUCCUGCGAUUAUAUAUUUAUUUGAAAAUUUUUACCUUCGUAAA